UUGAAACUCAAGGUUGCUCUAAUAAUGCCGAACACCGUUAACAUAGAAAGACAUAAACUUAACCAAGCGAUGUACCAGAAACUGAAGAAAUAUAUUAUGAGCAAAAGAAAGCGAGAACAAGAAGAAAAAGCACAAGACGCAAUUGUUAAGCGUUUACGACGUGAAAGGGAAGAAUCUAAACGACAAGCCGAAAUGGAUACAGAGAAUUUAGAAAAUACUAAAAAAGAGAUUUUGGUAACUCGUAAACGCAUAGAAGAACUCACAUCUAGAAGAAAUGAGCUAUUCCAGCGACUAAAACAAAUCGCCAGUGAGGAGACAAGUCUUCGUGAAAAACAAAAAAACGAAACUAUGGCUUACUUAGCAGGUAUGCCACCUACUCAAUUCGGUUUGGAACCAAACAAUACUAGCACGCAAAAUCGGCUUACGGUGCCCCAAACUACAUUACCUACAGGACAACCAAUGCAACCACAGGCUGUCCAACAUGUCUCUCUGCCAAAACAUAACUUGAAUGCUAAUGGAUCUGCAUCAAUAUCUAGUAUAAAUUCUGAAACCUUGAGUGGUUCUCAGUCUCCUCACAGACCGCAUCAUCCGUCUUUAUUUGGCUUAAAUGGGUCUAAAUCGACUCAUACAACAAUUUCAACUCAAACGGGGCUAGGUAUGCAGCAAAGUUUGGCAUCAAUAACAAAUAAUCCGUCAGCCACUAUGGCUGCAGUAGCGGCUGCCGUAGCUGCACAACAAAGGUCAAUGCCGUCAUCUGAUCCGGGUUUUCCAUCCACAGCCGCUGCAGCUGCAUAUUUCAAUGUGAUUGCCUCUUUGGCGAAUUCAUCUUCUCUUACAGGAAAUUCCUUAGGAAUAGCAUAUCCCAAUUCCUCUGUUAGUCUUGCUGAAGUUGUUGCUGCUCUUGCUGCGUCAGGAUUAUGUUCCCUCCCAGCACAUCUAUCAUCGAAUCCACCGCCAAUAUCAAGUGGAAAUUUGGUCCCGAAUUUUACAUUCAGCAGUCGUGCAUCUCCUUCCUUCCCAGAUGGUCAUCAAAACCGUGACACUAUGACAGCACUUUCAUCGGGAAACAUGCACUCAAACUUAUCUUAUCAUCAAAACGUAAUUCAGUCAGCCAAUAUGUCCAAGAACCCUGCAGUAUCCAUUCAUCAUAAUCCUAAUUUUGAUUUUACAAGCUCCACACUAGAUACCGCAAAAGUGUGCUUAGCUCAACUAGCAGCAGCUGCUGCCGGCAACAAUAAUAAUAGUGGAAAUCACAUAAACCAACAAAAUGUCUUACCCAGUAAUCAACAAUUACAGAAAGCUCAUCAAAUUCUACGUUCACUGAAUGCUUCAAAUCCUCUAAUAUCUCCAUUACUAAGUGGUAACACUUCAGAUUUGGAUAUUUCUCAAACUACUUCUACUCCUUCAUCAACACCUAUAUCUGGUAGCCCUUUACUACCACCAGCCCCUAUCAGUUAUAGAGGAAGCAUUACUACUGGGCAAUCUGCUCAGCAAAUCCAACUUCAACAGCAAGCUCAUCAAAAGCAACAGCAUAACUUGUCGAAGUAUAUGACACAGGCUGAUUACAGUCCAGCACGUGGUCCUUCUGGUGCACAAAAUAUGGAAAGUUCACAUGUGAGUUCAUUUACACAGUUUAUUUGUUCGAACUUUGUGCUUGUCUUUUAGGUUGGCUAUUGUCUUUUCAAGCAACUAAUUACUGGAAACUUCGCCCUAAAGCUGCUUGUUCAUAUCUUCCAGCAGGUUUCAUUUCUAUUCCUGAGCGAUGCCUUUCGAAGAAUCAUUAAGAAACGAAUUCAUUUUCAUCAAAAUUGAUACCCUCAAGUCUUGCUACAGAUGCUAAUUAGUGUUAGUUUAUUAUUGACACCUAAUUAUACUGCUAAUAUUUCAUCAACCCAAGGAGCAAGGUUCACUAAUCAACAACAAAUUAAUGCAAAUAAUCUCAUUAUGCUAAAUCUAACGUCUACAUCAUCUCAUAACAACGCACCUACCGUAAUUAAUACUGGUAAAUGUCUUACAGGUAGUCGUCAUAUAGAUAAUAAUUCUUUAAGAAAUUCAGUUAAUAACAAUACAAGUACAUCUAUACAGUUCAAUUCAUCUUCGUCCGGUGUUACAUCAAUAGCUUCAAACUCAACAAUCUCACCAUCUAUAUCGAAUACUGGCUCUUCUAUUGCUUUGAAUCCAGGACUAACUCCAUUUCCAACUGAUCUAAGCUCAUUAAACUAUCUAACAUCUGCAACUCUAGCCGCUGCUUUUCAACAACAACAACAACAGUUAAAUAAACUUGUCAUGUCAGCAAAUAACAUACCUUCUUCACAUGGACAUUCAAACACUUCUGGACCACCAUCUGGUUCAUCGAAUAAUUCUGGGCGUCGAUUUUUUUGAAUUUAUGUUGUAGUUAAAUUUGUCAAUGUGUACAUUGUUAUCAUUACAUUUAUUUCCCGAUAAUUUGAUGAUUUAUAUCUAAAAAUAUACAAACUUUGUAUAUUA